UAAAAUUAACAACUAGCCGUCAAGUUGCCUUCGAAGCGUCAAGAUGAUUUUUGGAAAGGCCAAAUGGCAUCGUUUGAAGCGCCAGCCACUCCUUAACCCCCCGACCAGUCUUCAAAAAUGAUACGCCUUCUCCAAUUGAAACUGUUCUACUCUUCGUUCUCUUUUGCAUAUCGUCGUUGGAUAUCUUCAAUUACUACCACAUAUUUGUUUGUCAUGGAGAACACUGGAGCAAGUUACGAGUUCCAGUACAAGAGAAGAAGAACUCUCACCCAAACACGAAGGGAGAAGAUCGAGAAUGCAAACCAGAUUUCCGCUAAUGUAACUCCAUCUCUGGAAGAUGAAUCGUUCCCGAUGGCUUCCGAAAUUGAGGUUCCAGCGUUGCAUUGCACCAUUGAAAUGGAGAAAAUACCAGGAAUGAAGUUAACUUUAAAAUCUUCUUUGGCAGAGUUUCAGAAUCUGAUGAGUAAUGGACUUGGAGAUCAUCCACAAGUCCUUAUAAAUAGGAAACCCCACGUUGGUGUACCACUGACCUAGUUUAAUUUGAUAAAAAAUAGUGAGUGAAUAAGAAAUAUUUGAUGUCUAGAGCACAUGGGCAAUUGAGAGAAGUAGGACCACAUUUCAUUUUUAACAUAUCAUCACAAAAUAUGCUACAUGCUGAGAAAGACCUCUUCAUAGCACUACUCAUAACACUAACAAAAUGGUUUGGAGGUUACGAUCUGGUUAUGAAUAACCCUUUCCCUACUCUUUAAAAAAUAAAAGCAUACUUCAUUA